AUGAUGGUGCGCGGAAAGCUGCAAGGCGGCGCUCUUGCAAAGGCGGGAACUUCCACUGCAAUUUCUCCGUCUUCAGCCGCACCCAAGAAGGAAGGCAGGAGUCGCGCUUCCUACAAGGCGGCCAAACUGCCUUAUUCGCUGUCCCAGCUCAUUUUUCAGGCCUUUGACACUUGUUCAGCGCGCAAAGGGCUUUCUUUGGCCGCUCUCAAGAAGUAUCUCACAGACGUCGGUUACAACGUGCACAAGAACAACAGCCGCCUCAAAAGGGAGCUGAAUAACUUGGUCUCGCACGGCUUAUUGGUCCGCCUCGGCGGUGCUUCGGGGUCUUUCCAGCUCAGCCAUCAAGCGAAAAGAACUGGCAAGUCAGAGCCGGCAAAAAAGAAAAAAGCAGCCAAGAAGCCCUCGGUGAGCAGAAAAUCGCCAAAGACCGAGAAGAAGCAGCCGCCAGCUAAACCCCCAAAUCGGCAAAGCAACAGGGCGGCUAAUCGUAGUAGAAAUCACCAAUUCAAUAACCCCCCAGCAGGGUCGAGUAGGAAGGUUCCUGUAAAAAACACCCGGAGGGACAAAGUCAAGUAG